AUGGCGAGCGCCGUCGACCGCAUUGGCAUGCUUGACCAGCCAAUCUACACUUUGACGAAAUGCUUCUGCCUGUGGAAGGCCGUCUUAUUGCUUAUUGUCCUCGCUAGCCCAGGGCCGGGAUACGACACGUCAACGGCUUUGCUUCUCUCGUCCGACGGAGAAGGUCCCGGUAAUCCGGGAACCGGCAGCAUGGCAUGGCUAAUAUCGCACAUUGGUCUCCGGCUAGCGAGAUGGGACUCUAUCUACUUCUUGAAGAUCGCACAGAGGGGAUAUUUGUUCGAGCAAGAAUGGGCGUUUGGAUAUGGAUAUACAAAGUUUCUAUCAUUCCUUCUUCCUGUCCCAUUUUUGGCAGCCGCACUGCAUAUCGUGACUCCUGCCGGAGCAUUCAUAUCUGCACCCAACGGAGAAGCUGUAUUUUCGUUUCUCAAUUUCUUCGGUUACUAUGUCUUUAUUACGGCACUCAAUGAUGAGCGUCAAGGCAGUUAUUUUCUGAGAGACCUGAAGUUCCUCUCUGCUGGCGCAUUUUUUGCUGCUGCCACCACUGUUCGAAGCAAUGGUUUGCUCAGUGGCCUGCUAUUUGUCUAUGAUGCAGUGUCUGGACUGCAUCAAAUAAUUAUCCAUGGCCCGUCGUGGCAUAUUAUACGGCGUCUGUCUACGGUAUGUGCUGGUGGCAGCCUGAUUCUGAUAGGAAUUGUUGGGCCGCAAUAUGUUGCAUAUAAGGACUUCUGCCUGGCUGAGAACCCGCGUCCAUGGUGCAAUCGUCUAUUUCCAAGUAUCUAUGCAUGGGUUCAAUCAUAUUACUGCAGCUCCUAUGAUAACUAUACUUGUUUAUUCAGGUUUACAAGUAUGGGCAACCCUCCUGCCGAUGCUCCCUACUAA